CGUGCGGCAGUGGCCGCCGCCAUGACGGCAGGGUCGCGCGCACCCCUGUUAGCCAUCGCUCUAUUUGCAGCACUUUAUUCAGGAUGGUGUUCAGAAGACGAAGAGCGACUAGUCCGAGACCUGUUCCGAGGUUACAACAAACUCAUCCGACCUGUACAAAAUAUGACACAAAAAGUCGAUGUUCGAUUUGGUCUAGCCUUUGUACAGCUUAUUAAUGUCAACGAAAAAAAUCAAAUUAUGAAAUCGAACGUAUGGUUACGGCUUGUUUGGAUGGAUUAUCAGCUCAUGUGGGACGAGGCUGAUUAUGGAGGCAUAGGCGUGCUAAGACUUCCCCCUGACAAAGUUUGGAAACCAGACAUCGUGCUCUUUAACAACGCUGAUGGCAAUUAUGAAGUACGAUACAAAUCUAAUGUUUUAAUUUAUCCAAACGGAGAAGUUCUUUGGGUUCCGCCAGCCAUUUAUCAGAGUUCAUGUACCAUCGACGUAACAUAUUUUCCGUUUGACCAACAAACAUGCAUCAUGAAGUUUGGAUCGUGGACUUUCAAUGGUGAUCAAGUAUCGCUUGCAUUGUACAAUAACAAAAACUUUGUUGAUCUGUCAGAUUAUUGGAAAUCUGGUACUUGGGACAUCAUCGAAGUACCAGCAUAUUUGAAUAUAUAUGAAGGAAACCACCCCACUGAAACGGAUAUAACCUUUUACAUAAUUAUUCGGCGGAAAACUUUGUUUUACACCGUUAAUUUAAUCUUACCAACUGUUUUGAUAUCAUUCCUUUGUGUUCUGGUCUUCUACUUGCCCGCUGAAGCUGGUGAAAAAGUAACAUUAGGCAUAAGCAUUUUGCUGUCACUGGUCGUAUUUCUACUUCUGGUAUCAAAAAUUCUUCCACCGACAUCUCUGGUGCUGCCACUCAUUGCAAAAUAUCUCCUGUUUACAUUCAUAAUGAAUACCGUCAGUAUUCUUGUAACUGUUAUAAUUAUUAACUGGAAUUUCAGAGGACCUAGGACACAUAGAAUGCCACUUUGGAUCCGAAGUGUCUUUUUGCACUAUUUACCAGCGGCGCUACUCAUGCGUCGACCACGUAAAACUCGUCUGCGUUGGAUGAUGGAAAUGCCAGGAAUGGGAGCUCCACCACAUGCAGCGGCUCCUCACGAUUUACCAAAACAUAUAAGUGCGAUUGGAGCUAAACAAAGUAAAAUGGAGGCAAUGGAACUAUCUGAUCUGCAUCACCCUAACUGCAAAAUAAAUCGAGCAUCUGGUGGAGGGGGUGAGGUUGGCGCACUGGGAGGACUAGGAGCCCUUGGCGGUCUCGGACUUGGUGAAAGACGAGAAUCAGAAAGUUCUGAUUCUUUACUAUUGUCUCCCGAAGCAGCAAAGGCUACCGAAGCAGUGGAAUUUAUAGCAGAACACUUACGAAAUGAAGAUCUUUAUAUUCAGACCCGAGAAGAUUGGAAGUACGUAGCUAUGGUGAUCGACCGACUGCAGCUUUACAUUUUCUUUUUUGUAACUACUGCUGGAACUGUUGGAAUUUUGAUGGACGCGCCUCAUAUCUUUGAAUAUGUCGAUCAAGAUAGGAUUAUUGAAAUAUACAGAGGAAAAUAAGCUUUACUGCACAUCUAUAGAUUGUGAAUGAUAGAAAUAUGAUUUACCUAUAAUCUUUCUAAAACAAUUAUUUCCUAACAAGGUUAAAUAUUACAGACACUGUUCAAAUCAUAAAUAUUUAUUACGAAUAUAAUACGACUUAGCGUACUAGAUACUGCUUUUAACAUCAUGUUCAAAGGCGGCUUAAAUAAAAACAUAGUAAUAAAAAAAAAUUAGAGGGUUCAAUAUUUACCAUUAAUAUAAGGUCUUCUUGGCUCAUAUAUUGCUCAGCUAAAUAAAAAACAGAAGUUGAGACAUGACUACUGUAUUAGAGUCUUAGAUUUUAGAAAAUAUGCUAUAACCUUAAUGAAUCGUAGCUUAAAUUAAGAAAUACCUACUUAUAGAAUUAUGAAAUGGCUGUGUUCGAUGUUUAUAAAAGCACAAUAUUAAUGAAAUAAAUGAAUUUUUAUGUAAUUUUGUAUAUCAUCAGCGACUAAAUUCUGUAUUCUUAAGUAAUUACCCUAAGUCCUAGGAUAAUUUAAUCACAAAUGUAUAGGUAAAUACCAGAUUCUUAAAUUGAUCACAUUAAAUUCUUCAAUUGAUUGCCCCUUACUAUGAAUUCUAUAAAUUCGUUUUAUAAAUUUCAAAAUUCAAUUCGAUCGACAAAUUUAUACAAUACUAGGAACUAAUUACUCUUAAGUUAUUUUAUUUUAUACACAAGUCGUCGUUAAUCUUCGACGUAAUAAUGAUAACUUAAUUAAAAAUCAUAUAAAAUUAAUGAAGCAUAUUAUGCGACUACCUAUAUGCCAAUGUAAAUGUACAACCCGGUCACAGCAUCUGUGCACCCGGCGUCGAUGACGUCAUAUCGACGUACUGGUACGUUGUGAGAAACAAAACAUAACUAGAAAUAUUGUUUUGUAAUAAAUAUGUGAUGGAAAAUAAAUAACGCAAUCUUAUUUACAAAAUAUAUUAUUUUUUAAAUGAAGACCUACAUUCCAGCGAGGUGUACAGAUAUGGUGACUGUGUUGUAAUAAAAAACUUAUAUCUAGUCUAUGUUUAGAAUAAUUUGUUGUGAGAAGAAUCUUCCAAAUAAUUUAUUGAUAUAUAUGUAAGUAGACACCA